CUAAAAAAUAGAAUUUUUUUAAAGAUAAAGUGAAAAGUGCAGUUUCAGUGAAGGGACAGAUGGCGAAGGUAAUUGGUUCCACGUGGAGGAGCGAGAGAAAGAGACAAGAAAAAGAAAAGAAAUUGUAAAUGAUUAUUAUGUGAGUGUGACGAAGGGAAGGCGAAGAAUAAAAAAGAGAGAAGAAGGAAAAACGGAAUUGUUAGUGUCGAUGGCGGAGGACGAUCAAAUAUCUCCGGCGGAGGGCGUGGACGUGAGCGGCGCGAGCAAGGAGCAGCAGGCGGCGGGAGUGGGGAUUCUUCUUCAGAUCAUGAUGCUGGUUCUCUCCUUCGUGUUAGGUCACGUUCUUCGUCGCAAGAAGAUUUACGUUCUUCCCGAAGCCAGCGCUUCUCUUCUCAUUGGCUUACUCGUUGGUACUCUCGCUAACAUUUCUCACACUCAAACUAGUAUCAGGGCGUGGUUCAAUUUUCACGAGGAGUUUUUCUUCCUCUUCCUCUUACCUCCUAUCAUAUUUCAGUCUGGCUUCAGUCUCUCGCCUAAACCCUUCUUCUCCAACUUUGGAGCUAUUGUCACAUUUGCUAUAUUCGGCACCUUUCUGGCUUCCAUUGUAACGGGUGUCUUGGUUUAUCUUGGUGGAUUCAUGUACCUCAUGUACAGACUACCUUUUGUUGAGUGUCUAAUGUUUGGUGCACUUAUAUCUGCAACUGAUCCUGUUACCGUUUUGUCCAUAUUUCAGGAGCUUGGUACAGAUGUCAAUCUAUAUGCCUUGGUUUUUGGAGAAUCUGUUUUGAACGAUGCAAUGGCUAUUUCUUUGUACAGGACAAUGUCAGUGGUUAAAACUCAUCCAUCCGGACAAAAUUUCUUCAUGGUGGUUGUUAGAUUUUUGGAGACUUUUGUUGGGUCAAUGUCUGCUGGUGUUGGAGUUGGAUUUAUAUCUGCUUUACUAUUUAAGUAUGCAGGGUUGAAUAUUGACAAUCUUCAGAACUUGGAGAGCUGUCUUUUUGUUCUUUUCCCGUAUUUCUCGUACAUGCUUGCAGAAGGUCUUGGACUGUCUGGUAUUGUAUCAAUAUUGUUCACAGGAAUGGUCAUGAAGCAUUACACAUAUUCAAAUUUGUCGCGUAGUUCUCAAAGAUUUGUCUCUGCUUUUUUUGAGUUGAUAUCAUCAUUAGCGGAGACAUUUGUAUUUAUCUACAUGGGCUUUGAUAUUGCUAUGGAGAAACAUAGCUGGUCACAUGUUGGAUUUAUAUUCUUCUCCAUUAUAUUCAUUGGAAUUGCAAGGGCAGCCAAUGUGUUCUCUUGUGCUUAUCUAGUCAACUUGUUCAGACCUGCUCGUCGACAAAUACCUCCAAAACACCAGAAAGCACUUUGGUAUAGUGGACUUCGAGGGGCAAUGGCCUUUGCCCUUGCUCUGCAAUCAAUUCAUGAGCUUCCAGAAGGACAUGGACAGACCAUCUUAACUGCAACUACAGCAAUUGUUGUUUUGACGGUAUUACUCAUUGGUGGUUCAACAGGCACAAUGCUGGAAGCUUUAGAAGUUAUAGGUACUGACAGUCACAUUAACGAGAGUCCUUUGGCUUCAAUUAGUUCCAGAAUGAAUUUUGAGGAGAACAAUGGUUAUAUGUCUCCUGAUGAUGAUGAAUCGUCAUCAAACAAAAUCAAGAUGAAGCUACACGAAUUCCAAAGGAGUAGCGCUGCAUCUUUUACAGCAUUAGAUAAAAACUACCUCACCCCAUUCUUUACUAGUCAAAAUGGAGAUGAAGAAGAUGAAAUUAAGCUUCUAACAUCCGGAAACGAGGAAUUGGAAGACCUCGACAAUGAUAAUGACCACUAUUUGUCAUGAUAUUUAUGGAACAACAUGCUGAAUAAUACCACUUGAAAUUUCCUUUUUGUACACACCUUGAAUCAUAGCUUGGAGGAAUUGCCAUAACACAAGGGUCAUUCCAAGUUUCCCACUUAGAGGAUUCAGAAUCAGGCAUAUGCAAGUUGAUUGAUGACUAUGGUUCUGCACCAAGCUGGCUGGGGCUUCAUCUAAUCUAACCAUACGUGUUAAUAUCGAUACUUGCCACAUGCAUAUUACUGAACACUUGAUCUUCAUAUGAAAUAUAUUCGUGUUAUUUGUUUU